UCGAUGGAACUGCGAGCGGAUCGCAUAGUCGAGCUCGGCUUCGUGGAUCGGACAGACAGUCGAUGCUGGUGCCGGGUGGAAAAUGUUUGCCCUGCCAGAGCUGAAAUAUUAUUCAUCUAGCUAACAGUACUAGUAGUAGUUUUUAAAUGCAUGUCGCUGACAAUAUAGGUAACUUGAAUCCAAUUGAAAUUAAUAGUUGAAUCCUGUUGCAGCCUAUGAACAUGAUUCCAUAUGAAGGCAGUUCGAGAAAUCGAUGAGUGCGUUCCGAUGUCAAUUAAUUAGAAGCAACAAGUGCUCUCCGUGGGGUGUACUCCCAACUGAUUUUAUCUUUGCUAAUCGAGAUGACAGACCCUACCAAAUAAUAACUUAAUGUUUAGCCUAUUUGCAACCCAGUUGCUUGGCGGAAAGCUGGUGAACAGGGUCAUGGCCUCUCUGAGAAGACUUUUACGUCGUAGCCUGGGCUGUUUUUGUGCCCUUAAUGGAAUUCUGGAUUUCAACGCGGACAUUGGACCAGGAAAGUCGCGCAGAUCGCGGUGCCUUUUUAUAUACCGUAUAUUGCACAACUUCGCUGUAAUCAGCCUGACGUUAAAGUUUCAGCUGGAUUUCCUGGAUCACUUUAAAAACGUCGAAAUGUCCUUACUGAUGACCGUAAACUUUUUCACAUAUUUUGCAUUGGUGUUUUUUGCGGUGCUUAGCUCCAUGGGAUCGUGCUACCAAUGGCAAAAUAAAAUCCUUGCAGUUCUGAAGGAGCUGAAGCAUCAAAAGGAUCUGAGCAGGCACAGGGGCUACAGGGUACCAAGGGACAAACAGAGUUCCCUAGACCGCUUGUUGAUCGCACUCACCAUCCUUCUGAUCCUUCGUCUCAGCAUUCAUUUGGCCACGUUUGCGUUCAGCGCCAGGAUGGGAUUCAAUCAUUCCUGCAACUGCUUCCUGCCGGAGUGCAUGAUCUUCUCCAUGAACUACCUGUUCUUCGCCAUCCUAGCCGAGGUAACCCAGUGCUGGUGGUGCUUGCUUGCGGAACUAAAGAUGGUGCUCCUGGAUCGGGACUUUUCAACAGUCUCCUCCAAUCUGUGCGAGAUUCAAAGCCUGCACACCAGGUUCCAGUGCCUAAUUGAUUUAACCUCAGAAGUGUGCUCCAUCUUUAGCUACUUCACCUUUGCCUACAUGGUUCGCAAUCUUUGGAGUGGCAUUGUGUCGGGAUAUCUUGUGGUACGCUUCGUUAUCGGUCAUGGAUUACAGGACCUUGAGCUUGUGUACCUGGCAUUCUCAUUCAUCAUCUGCGUUCAACCUUUGAUGUUCUCGCUCAUACUGAAUUGCAUUACCAACACAGCAGGUUCAUUGGUCGAGGUGACCAGGGAUAUUUUGAAAAUACCCCAUAAUGAAAGCGCGGAGGUGGAACGAAGUAUCGAAUGGCUGUCGCUGCAACUGACCUGGCAACACACGCACUUCACUGUCUUUGGCAUAUUUCACAUAAAUCGCUCUUCGGCUUUCCAGUUUGCAUCACUCGUCCUGGUUCAUGUGGUCUACAUGGUGCAAUCUGACUACAUUUCGAUAACGAAGUGA